CUACUCCCGGUUCCAAAGGAGAACGGCUAUUUCUCCCUCUCCUCUCCGCCCUUUCAAAUUCUAAAUCUCUCUCUGUGUCUCUCAUGGCGAGCUCUACCCCAGUGAAGACUCCAAACCCUAAGACCCACUCCUCCUCCGCUCCUAGAAGAGCGCCGCUUCCCAACUCGAUGGAUUCCUCCGCCGCUGCCGGCACCGCGGCUGCCGAUUUCAAGUCCCAAUUCGAGGCCUACAACCGCCUCCAGGCCGCCGCCGUCGCCUUCGGGGAGAAGCUCCCCAUCCCGGAGAUCGUUGCCCUAGGAGGCCAAUCCGAUGGCAAAAGCUCGCUUCUCGAAGCCCUCCUCGGCUUCCGAUUCAACGUCCGGGAGGUCGAGAUGGGCACCCGGAGGCCCCUCGUCCUCCAGAUGGUCCACGAUCCAUCCGCUCUCGAGCCUCGCUGCCGUUUCCAGGAGGAAGAUUCGGAGGAGUAUGGGAGUCCGAUGGUAUUGGCUUCGGCCAUUGCUGACCUUAUUAGAUCCAGGACAGAGGUGCAUCUAAGAAAGAUUCAAGCUGCAGUUUCUUCGAAGCCGAUUGUGAUGAGAGCAGAAUACGCUCAUUGUCCUAAUCUCACGAUCAUUGACACCCCUGGUUUUGUUCUCAAGGCAAAGAAGGGUGAACCAGAGUGUACACCAAAUGAGAUUUUGUCAAUGGUGAAGUCCUUGGCAAGCCCACCUCAUCGCCUUCUCUUGUUCCUCCAGCAAAGUAGUGUGGAGUGGUGCUCUUCACUCUGGCUAGAUGCUAUUCGUGACAUUGAUCCUGCUUUUAGACGGACAAUUAUCGUCAUCUCUAAGUUUGACAAUCGGUUGAAGGAAUUUACUGAACGGUGGGAAGUGGAUAGUUAUUUGAGUGCUAGUGGAUACCUUGGAGAGAACACCCACCCUUUUUUUGUGGCUCUGCCUAAAGACCGUGGCAGCAUCACUAAUGAUGAAUUCCGCAGACAGAUCUCUCAGGUAGAUGUGGAUGUACUGCGCUAUCUGCGUGAGAACAUCAAAGGAGGAUUUGAUGAAGAAAAAUAUGGUCGCUAUAUUGGUUUCAACCGUCUCAGAGAAUACUUGGAAGCUGAACUUCAGAAACGAUACAAAGAAGCAGCUCCAACAACACUUGCCUUACUAGAACAACGCUGUAGUCAAGUGUCCACAGAGCUAGCUCGCAUGGAAUCAAAGUUAAAGGCAACUUCUGAUGUUGCCUAUCUUCGGAGGACAGCCAUGUUACAUGCAGCUUCUGUUUGCAGUCAUGUGGGGGCAUUAAUUGAUGGAGCAGCAGAUCCUGCUCCAGAGCAAUGGGGAAAAACUACCGAUGAAGAGCAGUCAGAGAGUGGUACUGGGAGGUGGCCUGGUGUUACUAUUGCAGUAAAGCCUCCUAACCAUGCCCUCAAACUCUAUGGGGGAGCAGCGUUUGAGAGGGUAAUGCAUGAGUUUCGUUGUGCUACAUACUCAAUUGAAUGCCCACAAGUAUCUAGAGAGAAGGUUGCAAACAUACUACUUGCUCAUGCUGGCAGAGGUGGGGGUGGAGGAGUAACAGAGGCAGCUGCUGAGAUAGCUCGUGCAACUGCACGGGCAUGGAUUGCUCCUCUUCUUGAUACUGCUUGUGAACGACUUGCAUUUGUUCUAAAAAGCCUCUUUGAUCUUGCUAUUGAGCGUAACCGCAGUCAUGACUCAAACUAUGGGCGAAUGAAUGGUGACAUGGAUGGAUAUGUCGGAUUUCUAGCAACAUUGAGGUGCUCGUACAAUAAUUUCAUCCAAGAUCUCUCCAAACAAUGCAAGCAAUUGGUGCGGCAUCACCUUGAUUCAGUCACUAGCCCCUAUUCCCAAGUGUGUUAUGGAAAUGAUUUCCUUGCUGACAGAGGCAGAUUUAUCCAGUUUCCUGCUGCGUCAUUUUCUCUUGACCUAUCAGAUGGUUCAAUGGCACAGGAUGAAACAUCUGGUAUGGAUCAGGAGAAUAUACCACCAAAAGAUCAACAACAUACAACACCUGAGAAAGCAUCCGAAUCCAAGGAAGUGCUCAGAGAAAGCCAAAUGACAGUUCCUGAGACACCGUCCCCUGAUCAGCCAAGUGAUGUUUAUGGGGUUAACAAGAAGGAAAAUGGGAACUUAAUGGAUAUUGGUGGAAGAAAGCGACAGGCAAGAGUAGCAACUAGUGGAAGAAAUUUAGAUGCUAACCGAAAUCAAAGUACUAGUCUUUUGUUUCGUGCAAAUAAUGUUGGUUCAAAAGGAGGGUCAUCAUACUCUGAAAUCUGUUCUAUGUCUGCUCAACAUUUUUCUAGAAUACGUGAAGUCCUCAUUGAGAGAAAUGUGCCGUCAGCCUUGAAUGCUGGAUUUUUAACACCAUGUCGAGAGAGGCUAUUUGUGGCAAUUGGCUUGGAUUUAUUUGCUGUGAAUGAUGAAAAAUUUAUGGACAUGUUUGUGGCACCUGGUGCAAUUGAUGCCCUGCAGAGCAAACAACAGUCUCUUCAUAAGCGUCAGAAGAUUUUGCAGUCUUGUUUGAAUGAGUUCAAAAAUAUAGCUCGGGCACUGUGAUGGAGUUCUUUUUGAUUGGAACACGGAGGAUGUAUGUGAUCUGCUUGCAAAGAUUUCACCUAUAGACGAUAGUAAACUUAGCAAUUUGGCAAUUAAACCCAUUAAUGUGUCAGUUAUUUCAUGGAAAUGUCAUCUUUCACUGAUUUUGAUCAGUGCAGAUGUUUCUUUGUUUGACUGCUUGAAACCUUGCAAAUUAGAAAAUUGAAUACAUAACAAAGAUAUGGAAAUGCAUCUUUACAA